CCUGCAAUGAACCUGUCACAUGGAUCAGUACAUCUCCUGUAACUCAUCGUGUCCACUUGAGAGGAGUGAAACUGCUCUGAAAAAUUAGCUGUGAACACGUGAAAAAUGCUUUCCAAUGGGCAACAGAAAAUCUGCUUCCUGGAGGAAUGAAAUCUGAUUAAAUGGCGCCUAGCACGCUGAUAUGAAGCAUAUGUGACAUUCUUAGGUUGGGGCUAGACGCUUUUUGCCAAUCAAUUGGCAUGAUGUUAUAAGGGCUUCAGACAUUCGUCACACCAAAGGUGUUCCCAUAGCGACAUCUCGCAGCGUUGUGUGAACCUAUGAAAGGGAACUCCCGCUUUCUGCACAGGUGCACUCUUUAUAAUCAAAUAGUGUGCCCUCAUUGGUGAAGCCGCGCGUUGUCGUCACCAAGCAUCUCGAUGAUAUACAGAGGAUUAGAUCACUCAGGUACCCGCGUCAAAAUGCUGCUGAAAAUGAAAGACAGAGGAAAAAAAGAAAGGGAGGGAAAAAACACCGUACCCAUAAUCAUAAUUAUAACAUGGGAUGUAACAAACACGUUCACAUGUGAACUGUCUUACCAGAGGGACGUGCUCAUCUGUUUACCUCCUGACUUCUUCCUCUGUGAUCUAGCCUCCCAUAUGGACUUUGAUCUUUUGCUGGGACAUUGAUUGACUGUUUUUACUCCAAUAAAUUUUAUUGACUGUUAUUACUCCAAUAAAUUUUGAAUUGCAUUUCUGCAUUUGAGUCAUUUUCCUUGAGAUCCCUGACAGAAUCCACACUGACUGCUGAAUUCUGAUAUAUCAGGAGAAGGUUAUCUUCAUUUAAUUACUGUUAUUUUAACAUUGAUUAUGUUUUAUCCAUACUGAACUCACUUGUAUAAAUGAUUUGGUUCUGAACAGAGCAAUGAAGCUGUAUCUUAGCGUCCUGCUACUCUUCAGCUGCCAGUUCAUUCACACUCUGGCUUUAAACUGUGAAAUGAUUUGUGGCACCCUGAAGCAGAUAGACGCUGGGUCAGGCUCAGUGGUUGGAGUGAACAAUCAAAAUGAGGUCUUCAUCCUGAUUAAUAACGUCUUCACAAAGGUCUUUACGUCUCUGAAGCACUUCAGUGUUGGUCCUGCUGGUCAGUUUGGGGUGGAUACAGCAAACAACAUCUUCAAGGUGCGGGGUGGCAGCCUUGUGCAGAUUGCAGGCCUUCUCAAACAGGUGGAUGCUGGAGGAGAUCAGAACACUGCAGGGGUCAAUAUGCAUGAUAACAUAUAUUGUUUAAAUAUGGAUGCUAACAACAAAUUGCCAUCCAGCUCUGUUCCUUGGGUUCAACUUCCGGGAAAGCUGAAGUAUUACAGCUGUGGCCCGUACAGCUGUUGGGGAGUGAACAGCAAUGACCACAUCUACAUCAAGAUGGGUGUGUCUGGUAAUGCCUGUUCAGGGACUGGCAACUUUGUGAAUAUUCCUGGACUUCUGUCCAUGAUUGAAGUAGCAACUGAUGGCAGUGUCUUUGGUGUCAAUGCUCAAGGGGCCUUAUUCCAAAGAACUGGCAUCACUUGAUCCAACCCCGCUGGCACAAACUGGAUCUCGAUGGUUGCCUGUCCCAAUGGCCACAAGCACGUGAGCUUUGACCUAGGAUUGUUGUGGGUCGUCUGUGUUGAUGGCUCCAUCCGUAAAUGUACUUUAUAGUUUGUCAUGCAUUACUGCAGCAACAGAGGAGCUCAAUCAUUAACAGAAGAUGUCAACAAAACAGCUUGUAAACAAUGUCAAAUAACGUCACAUUUACCUGCCAUUCAAUGUCCAAUGUAAAAUGAACUUUGAGAGCAGCAUUUUGUUAAAUAUAUGCUAUAUUUCAUAUUCAUUAUAUUUUUACGUAACCCUUUCUUCAAUACUAUUUAAUGUUUGAAUAAAUCUGUUUUAUGACAGCCACUAUUUAACGUAUUAAAAAAGUGUAGAAACAUAAUUAUGUCAUAAAAAUGUAUCAGUAUAACAUUUUAAUUUUAACCUUUAAUAUUAUAAUUAUGUACCAACUGGGGUUAACUGGGAUUUUUUUUUCCAUGCUUGUGAAUUGAAAUCGAAUCCAAUUGUGAAAUUUGUGUCAAUGCCCAGCCUAUAGUGUCAAUAAAUGUUUAUUUUUUUAUUAGGGGCCAAGCACUGAAGGUACAUUGGCACCUAUUGUAAUCAUUUGUACAGACCAUACAACUGUAUGCGGGAAAAGUGAAAUUUGGCACACUGUUAGAGGACAGUCUGACAUGUGUCUAUAGCCAAUUUGGAGUCUCUAACUCAAUCCCUCUAGCGCCACCACUUAUCCAAAGUUCCACUCAUGUUUAUGCUAAUAACUUUUGAAUUACAAACAAAGGGUUACAAACAAAAUUCUUUUUUCCUCUGAUUCCUUGGCUCAAGAUGAUUCGACUUCAUUUUCCGUCAUUUUCACAAAAAUUGAACCAGUUCAUCUACAGACCAUCCCAAAAAAAAAAAUUGAGAAUUCAAGUCAAUUUCUUAAACUGUUUUAGAAACAUGCGCAAAUUAUUUUUUACGUAGCGCUUGCAAAAAUAGACAUAAGGCUAUAUCUCGACAACGCUUUAUUGUAUUCAGACCAAACUUGGUAUGUGUUAUCACAAGCAUGACCUGAGGCAACUUGCGAAUUAAAUUAAAAUCUUUAAUUGCUCACUGUUGCAGUUAGUCUGAUGCUCACAGCCAUGUUGGCUGGCUUGUUGUGCCAUCUUUGUUGUGCUUGGCUGCAUAUAUGUAAUUUUUUUUUUUUUUUUUUUUUUUACUUGAAGCAAAUGUUGUCUUUUCCCAUUAUUUUAUUGUCAGAGUGCACCAGAAUCUUUUUCUUGCUGUUGAAU